AUGGGUGGAUCAAAGUUGAUGAAAAGAAUAGGCAGAAGAAGAAGUAAAGAAAACAAGAAUGGGAGGGAGGUUAUUGUUGCAAGCUUUGAGUCUCUUCCAAGUGAGGUGGUGGUAGAAGUCUUAGGUCGAAUAGCUUCUUCUUCUUUUACUGAUUUCUUCAAUGCCAAGUUAAGUAGCAAGAUUUUGAAUGAAGCAGCUGAUGAUAACUACAUAUAUCAACAAAUGUCCCUAGAAAAAUUUCCAGUGGUACCAUGGCGUGUAACUAUUGAAGCUUCUUGUUUCUUGAACAAGUGCAAAGAGAGUGGAAAUCCAGAGGCAUUGUAUAGGCAAGGAGUGGUUGAUUACUUCAGUUUGAUGAGAAUAGAGUCUGGACUAGAGUCUCUGAACAGAGCAGCAAGUUCUGGACACUGA